AACAAAUCAAGUUUGGGCACUCUGUCGUGGGGAUACUAAGUUGUAGGCCAUAUUGUUGUGUCGCCCCUAUUGUCCACGGGCCCCUCUCCGUGACCUCCCCACUUUCAGAUCCCGGACUUGUGAUUGGUGGAGACGGCGGGGCUUUGUCGUCAUAACCCCAGUGCCCAUUCAUCGGCGGACUUGGGCGUUGUACUCCGCAUCUCAUUUGCGGCGGGGCCAAUUUCUCCAUCUACAAACUCCGCUCGAGGAAAAAAAAAUUGGAAGAAUUCGCGUUUCGUUCGCACCUUCGCGAUAUUUUUUCAAGCGCUCAUUACUCUCUUUGCGGUCAUUUUGAUUUCAGUCUUUUCCUCUCGGCUUUGCUUGCAAAGGGAGGCGUCGGCGUUCCUGAAAUUUUUUGGGUGGAAGCUUGCGGUCUUUGUUCAUUCAUCUGAUCGGUUGGGUUCCUUUGUUGGAACAAAAGCAUGGGAGCACAAAUCUCCAAAACCGCUGGAAAAGAGGAAACUGCGGUGGAAAAGCCUGCAGAAGGAGCAGCUGCUGCAUCCAAGACGAACGGCCAGGAGAAUGGUCACGCCAAGACAAACGGAGAUGCCUCUCCUGCAGCAGAAGAAGCGAACAAAGCUGAUGUGCAGGCCAAUGGAAGCACUCCUACUGAGGAGGCGCCAAAAGAAGAGGGGGAAAAAGCCGAGGGCGCCGAGGCCAAUGGAGAGAAGGAGCCGGCCGCCACAAACGGAGACACCGCCGCCAAGCCGGAGGAAGGCACUCCAUCAACCAGCGAGGACGGCAAGCAGAAGAAAAAGCGCUUCUCCUUCAAGAAACCGUCCUUCAAGCUGAGCGGCUUCUCUUUCAAGAAGUCCAAGAAGGAGUCUGAGGAGGCAGCGGAGGACGAAGCGGCGGCCGCCGCCGCCGAGCCGGCCGAGGGGGAGAAGCCCGCGUCGGAAGAGGCGGCUGCCGAGGAGGCCAAGCCGGCGGAGGGGGCCGAGGAGGGAGCCAAGGAGGCUGCGGCCGAGGAGCCAAAGGCGGAGGAAGCCGCCGCUGCUGCUGCCGCCGAGGAGAAACCAGCCGAAGCUUCGCCUACCGAGCCCGAAACGGCCGCCAGUCCAGAGGCCGCCGCCGUCCCCGCCGCCGCCACCGCCGAGUAGUCCUGCUGAGAGAGAAACCGGAAUGAAGGAUGACGACGUAGCCUGUCUGAAGGAACGCGAGGACUUGUCUAAAACCAGGGAAUCUUUUUUUUUUUCCUUUAUUUUUUUUCCUUUUUUUUGUUUGUUUACUACUCUGCAACCAUCUCAUCCAUAAUGACUGCAAUGUCCCUGGCAGUGGUGGAAAGGAGGGGCAGCAGAGAAUGUGCUGCUUCCUCACUGCUCAUUGCAUUUGUGACCUGGGUGAGUGUGAAAGUGCAAAUGUGAGUGGGAACGGAUUUCCACCCCCUCCCCCUCCCCUCCUUUUCCCCCCUGACACUAUACCAUGACAUGUUGCUGAAUUUUACAUAUUUAAUCGAAGUAUUUUGGUGCUGGGCAAUUGGAUGUAGCAGCUAAAGCUGUGUCUGCAAUAUCUGACACAUUGUGAUAUUUAAAGGGAAAGUCCUUAUCCAAGUCUUAAAUGUUGUCUUUGCAGUGCACAGUUGUUUACAACUCUUCAAGCUCAAUGCUCCUGUGGACUCAAACCAUUCCUGAACUAGAUUUAGUGUCCAGUUGAAACAAUAGGUGCUCAUCACUCAUUAGAUUCCACCAUCUCAUGAUUCUGUAGUAAUGCACGUUGUAUAGACUUUGAUAUUACUGGUUUUAUGACUAAGAUGUACCUAAUGACUGAAGUUUUUAACUGAUUACCCAUUGUAAAUGAUUUUUUUUUCUUGUUUUUUCACCAUUUGUAAGAUUGAAUAAAAUUGGGAGAUGUUUUAAGCAGAUUUUGCAUCAAGCUGUGAUGACUACAAAACCACUUCAAAUCUACACAAAGCACAGAGUCAGAGUUAAGGAUGCCAUCUUUAGGUGGCAUUUUUUUCUGUACAUAAUGAGGCUCACCUUAUUCAAUAUGGAAUGUAACAUUGCCUGCAAACUGGUAACAAGGUGUUAAGUUUUUCUGUGAGUUCUGCUGAAGAAUAAAGCAAUGAAAUGUGAAUUGGCAUUGUGAGGUC